UAGAUAUAAGCUUGCAAAAGCAUUGGCACCAAACUCAACCGCAUUAUGGGCGCAUGUAAAGCACCUAUUCCCCAUCUUCUCAUGACCUGUUCUUCUUCAUUAGCUCAACCUCCAAACCUAAAAUCCCUAAACCCCUUUUCCAAAACCCCAUUACUGAGCAGGCGAUUGGUCCUCUUCACUCUCCCUGUAGCUACUUUUCUGCUUCCAAGAAAAGGUAGUUGUGCUGACAUCAGCAGCAACAGUAUUGAUGUAAAUUCAACCCCUUCCGGUUCUUCUUCUGCUCUGUCAAACUUCGACCCGAUAAGCACUUCUGAGAGAGACGCAAGUGAUGCGAUUUCUAGGAGAAUAUCUGAUGCCUUGGAGUUGUUGGAGAAAGGGAGGGAAUUGCAGGCUCUCGGUGAUUUUAACCAAGCUCUUCUCUGUUUUACUCAGGUGAUUGAGAAAUACGAUGACUUUGCAUUUUCAGACUAUGCAAGAGUAGGCAGAUCAUUGAUUUUGUAUGAGGUGGGCAACAGAGAAGAAGCAAUUGCAGAAAUGGAGGAUGUUUCUAUAUCUUUGAAGGGAUAUCCAGAGGUGCAUGCAGCUCUAGCAGCAGCCUUGUAUGCGGACAAACAUGCCCCACUCCUCGCAGAAAACCAGUUCACAAUUGCAACUCUUCUUGAUCCUCACUAUACGGACCUCUCAUAUGUAAAAGAAACAAAACAUUGGCCUCCAAGUUUGGUUAGUUCAUUGUAUCACUUCAUCACACUUUCCUAGAGACUGGUAUAGUAGAAUUCUGUUUGAUGUAAUUCUAUUAUGAACCAAACAGUCAUGGUCAUGUUUGAAAUCUUUUGGUAACUUGCAAAUUGUCAAUAUUUACACUUAAGAUAUGUUUUCAUUGUAAUUACAGCUUUCUUAUAUAAUGCUUCUCCUUUUUGUUUGGCUA